AAUGACAAUAUAACAUCUGUGUGUAACGAAGGAAGUCAAAUUAUAUUAAACCUAAUUUAAUUAAUUCAUUAAUUAGAAAUCUUGUCAUGAAAAAUGAAUUACGAAGAAACAAAAGCAGUGGUCCAGGAGAAAUUUCUUUCAAGUGAACUGGUUACAGCAUUCCUUUGCGAUGCGAAAAUACUCCAUCCCGAAUGGGUGAAGAAGGAUAGGUUGCUGUGCAUUGUAGAAUAUGGAGACGAGAAAGCCGUGUUUUGUUUAUUCACGUCUAGUUACCCGCCUAAAUCCUUCACCGAUUUAUCUAUAGAAAUAGUGCUGCCCAUCGACAUCAACUUUAAAUGUGAGAUUGAUAACAAACCAUCAGACCCUGAGGCAGUCCUUUACCUGAAUUUGCAGUCAAAUAGUAAUAAAUAUAAGUUCGAAAUUCAAAUGACCCCGCGCGUCGACAACUUUGUGGAUGAUCUCUUCAGAGGGAUAGAAGCCGUAAGUAAAAUGCCAACGCAACCUGAGUUUGUAUGGCUAAAAAAGUAUCAAGGUAAGAAUGAAGACGACAUUAUUUCCCAAUUGUCAGUUGUACCUAGAAGCGGAGCCACACAUUCACAGAGCUCCGCUCCUGUAGCUAUCAGGGAGAGUCUAAUUAAACGAAAAAUGUAUGAUAAGGAACUUGAAUACACAUAUACUAAGACAUUCACUGUGUUCUGUGGCACUUGGAAUGUCAAUGACAAAUCACCAGUGUUAUCUCUGGAAGGGUGGCUCAAUGUGGAUGAAGAACCACCUGAUAUAUAUGCAGUGGGUUUUCAGGAACUUGAUUUAUCCAAGGAGACAUUCAUCUUUGAUCAAACUGUUAGAGAAGAGGAAUGGUCAAAUGCUGUUGUACGUUACUUGAAUAUACGAGCUAAAUAUGUCAUAUUGGAGAAAGUUAGACUAAUUGGUAUGUUGCUGAUGGUUCUGAUCAAACAGAAACAUAAAGCCCAUGUACAUAAUGUGGUUUUCGACACAGUGGGAACAGGAAUAAUGGGCAAAAUGGGAAACAAAGGUGGUGUGUCCAUACGAUUUGACCUUCAUAACACAUCUAUAUGCAUUGUAAACUCUCACCUGGCUGCCCAUGUAGAAGAGUAUGAAAGACGAAGUCAGGACUUCAGGGAUAUCUGCAAUAGAACAAGAUUUCAACAACUGAAUCAACAGGCCAAAGCCAUAAAAGACCAUGACCAAAUAUACUGGAUAGGUGAUUUAAACUAUCGCAUUACUGAGAUGGAUCCAAACACUGUAAAGCAACUUAUUAAUGAAAAUAAUUUUGAGGCAGUCUUAAAAUAUGACCAACUAAAACAGCAACAUAAGAACAAUAGUGUGUUUGCUGGCUAUACAGAGGGUCCAAUUACUUUUAAACCUACAUACAAAUAUGACCCUGGCACUGACAAUUGGGAUUCAAGUGAGAAAAAUCGUGCCCCAGCAUGGUGUGAUAGGAUAUUUUGGAAAGGAGACGGUAUUACACAGAAAGCAUAUAGAAGCCAUCCUAGUUUGAAUAUAAGUGACCACAAGCCAGUAUCUGCUAUCUUCAACUCAAUUAUUAAGGUAAUAGAUGAGGAAAAAUAUAGAAAAGUAUAUGAAGAUGUAAUAAAACAACUUGACAAACUUGAAAAUGAACUCAUACCACAAGUUAAAGUUGAUAUGAAUGAAAUAGAUUUUGGUACUGUAAAGUACCUUGAAUUGCAAAUGAAGACCAUCAUAAUAAAGAAUACUGGAAAAUUACCUGUGGAAUUUGAAUUUAUUAAGAAAUUAGAUGAAGCAAGUUUCUGCAAAGAAUGGCUCAUUGUUGAGCCUUAUAAGAGGUGUAUUUGUGCUGACGAGUCAUGUGAAAUAAUAUUUAAAGUACAUAUCAAUAAGAUUUCUGCUUGCAAACUCAAUGCAGGAACUGAUGAAUUGUAUGAUAUUUUAGUUUUGCAUUUAUAUGGAGGGAAGGAUAUCUUCAUAACUGUGACUGGAACAUAUGAGAGGAGCUGUUUCGGGUGCUCAAUAGAGGUUUUAGUCAACCUCAAUAUGCCUAUAAAGGAGGUGCCUAUUAAGCAACUAGUUGAAUUAGAAAGCAAAAGGCACCAACCUGUAUCAAGCCAAUCCACAUAUUCAAUACCCAAGGAGGUGUGGUUCUUAGUUGACCAUAUAUAUUUACAUGGACUUAAACAGCCCAACUUAUUUGAACAACCUGGUCUGCAUUCUGAAAUUCUACAAAUUAGAGACUGGCUAGAUUCGGGCUCGAUGGAUCCUAUUCCAGGAUGUAUACAUUCAGUUGCAGAGGCUCUCCUGCUGCUUUUAGAAAGUACUGCAGAUCCUAUUAUACCAUACAAUCUUCAGUCGGUGUGCUUGAGGGCAUCUGCAAAUUAUUUACAAUGCAGACAAAUUGUCUCACACUUGCCCGAAUUCAGAAAAAAUGUGUUCUUAUACUUGUGUGAAUUUUUACAAGAAGCAUUGCAGCACAGUGCCGAAAAUGGAUUAGAUGCUAACACUUUAUCUUCACUUUUCGGAGCAAUAUUCCUUCGGGAUAAUCCAAAUCAAACGCAAGAGCCCCAGUCUCGAAUUAACAAACAGGUGAUAGAAAAGAAGAAAGCCCAGUUUGUACAUCACUUCUUAGUUAAUGAUCACAGUGAAUUAAUUUUUACUAGAUAAUUUAUCAGUUUUUCAAUAAUUUAAUAUUUUAAUUUAUUAAUCCAAAUACUCACUACUUUUCUAUUAGUAUUAACAUUUACCAUUUCUUUGUUGUAAUUGCUGUGGUCACAUGAAUGUGUAGCAAUUUGUCUAGUUUGUACAUAAACUGAGUCUCAAUUGCAUUAUUUAUGAAUUAACAGUGUUAUUGCACUUAGUAAUGAAAAGAUAACAUGAUAUGAUUAAAUAGUGUGCCCCAUUGUAAUUUGAAACAUUAAUAAUUGAAAAUAUUACUUUUAUACCUAUAUUAGGUAAAGCACUUAGAAUAUAUACAUAAUAUUAUUAAAUUACACACGUUAUGUGUAUAAUGUAGACACAUAUGUGUUACUUUACCUGUAGAAACACAUGUAAAGUAACACAUAUGUGUCUACAUUAAUAGAGAAAUGACAUAAUAUUUAGCUUCAUAUAGUAAUCGCACCAGGAUCUGUAUUUAUAUAAUAUGCCAAAUCCAAUUUGCCAUAAAACAACCACAGUUAUGCAUUAAGCAGAGUGUAUGUGUAUGUAUUUUAGCUGUGUAUAGCAUUUUUGUAUACCUACUCUAGGUACGACCAUAUACUGGUACAAAAAUCUUGAACAUUAAGGUUUAGUUUUAAUUUUACAUGUUAUAUGAGGAUGGGAAUAUGUCGUAAUUGGCUCGUAUGUUGUACGAAACUUGACUAGUAACUUAAAAUAGAUUGUGCUUCCUCGCGUAUUUCCGCAGAUUGUUUUAAAAAAAUCAUAGGUCAAUGUUAACUUGAAACGCAUUUAUCAGAAUCUCGUCAACUAUAUAUUCAUUAACUAGCUGUGCAUUACAAGGAAGGCGUAGCCUUUCUGAGAUCUGCCAUGUAUUGAUGAUAGUAAAAGUAAAAAUAAAUCAUCAGUAAAACAAUAAUUGAAACAUCCAUAUGGCACCAUCUUAUAUUUAUAAAUUGGUUGGCGUAUUGAGAAAUAUUUGUAAAAAUAUUUAUUUCAGCCCUUUUGAUGUAUUUUGCUCAGCUUUCAAUCGCCUGUGUAUAAACUACGUUGCUUUAUUACUUAAUAAAAAAAAAUGUAUUUAUACGAAUAUAGCUUGAUAGUCAGACAUACAGAAAAUAAGACAAGAGCAUUUGGCGUUACAUUCUUUAUGCCUACCUAAAUUGAAAACAAGCUGUUCAAGCUCGCCCAAGAUCCCCCGUCCAAUUCAAACGGGGAUCGAAAUUACGAUGGCCUGAGCCGAGGUUCAAACCCCUAUCGGUUCCCUCAGACUAAAGUCAUAUCCGUCACGCAGGAGUAGGCCUUCGCCCGCUCCAGAAGUCCUUCGGGUUUAGAUUGUCAUCUGCACUCGUCCCCUAUCAUUCGGUGAAGCUGUAAAGGCCAAUUUCGGCCAACAGUAUUAGAGGAGUUAAAAAAGCUUUAUAAAGACAAAAAUCAACACCUAUAGAGACACUAGGACGUUGUAGUACUUAAUUUGUAUUUUUUAUUAUUAUUAGGUAACUGGACUACUAACAUUAUUUACGACUAACGGUAUGUUCACAUUUUAGUCAUAUAUAUUUAGACUAUACAAACACAUAUAGGAAAAUAUGGUUGUAAUCAGUUAUUAAUAAUAAUACCUGUACCUAAAUGUUGUGUGUUAGUUUUUAUAUUUAGUUGUUUAUUGAAUAUUUUCCCAUAACUAAUAUAUGUAUAUAAGAAUGUAUAAAAUUAGUGUAGCCAGAGUAGGCACUUUUAUAUAUAGUAAAGACAGAAAUAUAAUAUAUUUUCGUGAAUAAAUUUUAAAAAAUGUAUCGAAUAAUAAUUUACCAUAAUUGUAUGCCGAGUACCUAUAAAAUAAAAAACUUUUUUAGGUAUAGAUACAAAUAAUAAUUUCAUUUAUUUUCCGAACAGUGUCUGCAGAAAUAAGUGAGAGAUUAAAAAGAAACAUUCCAAUUAUCUUGUUUACAAAUAUCUGAGACAAAAAUACUUUGCGUAACAAUUUCAUUUACUAGCAUAAUAACAAUUAUUUUAAUAUAAAUUGCCAAAUUUAUCUUCCUACAACUGCUGUAGUAUUUUGAAAUAGGAGCAAUAAACCACUACCUCACGCGCUCUCGAAUAUUUUUUUUUUAUAUGUUACUAUUUAUAAAUAAUAAUACCAUCAAACACUAUUUCAUCAUAUUAAUAUAAUUUUAGUUUUAAUAAGGGCACCUAUUUCAAGUCAAGCAAAUUAAUUUGUUACAAUUGUCAAAGACAAUGAAAUAACUAGGUUUGGAGUACAGAUGCAUGAUAUCAUAGUCCCCCAGAAUGACAAUCCAAGGGUGAUCGGUAUCAUGAGAUUCAUAUGAUAACGUGAUAUCCGAGGGUACAUUUAGGUAUAGAGGCUAAGGCGACUAUACCCCUCCGAUCGAUCCCCCGUCCAAUUCAAACGGGGAUCGGAAUUACGAUGGCCUAAGUCGUGGUUCGAACUCAUAGCGGUGCCCUCAGAAUAAAGUCGUUUCCGUCGGGCUGGAGUUGGCC